AUGGCACACCCAAUUGUGGCAUCGGGAGACACCGCCGGUGAAGAGUUCCGAGCACGCACCGUUAAGAUCAGAGUGACAACCCUUGUUCCUGUUCCACCCAUGUCAACCUCGAAAGAUUCAUCCCUUACAGAAGUUAUGACUACAGAAGAUCAAGUGCAAAAGGUUGAACUUCUAACAUCGACCGAUGAUGAACAUGGUGGUGUUAUUGUGGAAAUGGACAAGCCUAUGGAUUCUGCAACCUUUUUGUCCAUCCUCAGAGCUUCAAUUUCACAUUGGAAACAGCUGGGCAAGAAGGGUGUUUGGAUAAAAUUGCCUAUUCAUCUAGUCAGUUUAGUUGAACCUCUAGUCAAGGAAGGUUUUUGGUAUCACCAUGCAGAACCAAAAUAUUUAAUGCUUGUAUAUUGGAUUCCUGACUCGGCAGAUACUAUUCCAGCAAACGCCACACACAGGGUGGGUGUCGGGUCAUUUGUUGUGAAUGAAAAACAAGAGGUCCUAGUGGUUCAAGAAAAGAGUGGACAUUUUCAAGGAAGUGGAGCCUGGAAAAUCCCUACUGGCGUUGUUGAUCAGGGAGAAGAUAUUUGUGUAGCAGCAGUGAGAGAGGUCAAAGAAGAAACAGGAGUUGAUGCUGAAUUUGUGGAAGUAUUGACAUUCAGACAAAGUCACAUGUCAUUCUUUGAGAAGUCAGAUCUAUUCUUUGUGUGCCUGCUGCGCCCUCUUUCUUCUGACAUUCAAGUACAGGAGGUUGAGAUAGAGGCUGCAAAGUGGAUGCCAUUUGAUGAAUACGCAGCCCAGCCAAUUAUGGAAAAGUAUGAGCUUAUGAAGUACAUCAGUGAUAUCUGCUUAGCAAAGAUUGAUGGGCAAUAUUCUGGAUUUACUCCUGUAUCUACUGCAUCAAACUUCUCUAACAAAAAUACCUAUCUUUACGUCAAUGCUGGUGGCCUGAAGAAGAGAAAUUCUUUUUGA